UCUCCCUUGCGCAUCUCUAAGCCACUCUCCAACAUGAAGGCGCUGAGCCCGGUGCGCGGCUGCUACGAGGCAGUGUGCUGCCUGUCGGAACGCAGCCUGGCCAUCGCGCGGGGCCGUGGCAAAGGCCCAGCAGCCGAGGAGCCGCUGAGCCUGCUGGACGACAUGAACCACUGCUACUCGCGCCUAAGGGAGCUGGUGCCGGGCGUCCCGCGAGGCACUCAGCUUAGCCAGGUGGAAAUCCUGCAGCGCGUCAUCGACUACAUCCUCGACCUGCAGGUGGUCCUGGCCGAGCCGGCCCCUGGACCCCCGGACGGCCCGCACCUCCCCAUCCAGACAGCUGAGCUGACUCCUGAACUAGUGAUCUCCAACGACAAGAGGACCUUUUGCCACUGACCUGGCUGUCCUGGCACCUCCAGAGUGCAGGUGCUGGCGCCCGUUCCGCCCUGGGACCCGGGACCCGCUCCGGCCGGAAGACCGAGGGCAUGGAUGGGCCCCAACCUCACUAUGCCUACUUCACUUCCCCAAACCCUCGCCUCGAGGCUGGACCUGACGCCUGGGAGCGAAGGACUGUGAACUUGGGUGGCCGGAAGAGCCAGAGCUAGCGCGGGUCACCAGCUGGGCGACGUCACCCUGCCCUCACCACACCCCCAGUGUUUUAAAAGACUGACUGUCCCGUGUGUGGAAGCUGGGGGAGGGAGGGCGCUCCCCCAAGCUCUGCCAAGGCGGCUGCAGAGCUUUCUGGUCUCCCUGGAGAAGCCUGUGUUGCUCUGAAGAUGAACUCUAUAAUAGAGUAUAUAGCUUUUGUACUUUUUUAUAUAUAUAUACAGGAAGGGGAACUUUCUGUAACCGUGCGAUGUAUAGUAAACUUUUUAUAAAAGUUCACACUUUACAUAAUAAACGACUUUUAAACACUU